CGGAGUUGAACGCAACACGUUAGUGAAUGAGAGCGCACGAAAGAUCCGCGCCGGGGAAACGGCGUUCGCGCAGGCUUUAAAUCGCGGGCAUGUUUUCCAUCAUGUACAUCCAACGUGCGACCUCGUUUGAAGACGCGACGACGCGUUUCCACUAGGAGUUUACGUGCGUUUUGAGGACGACUUUUCACCGGUUGCGCGGAGAGCCGAUCAGCGGGCGAGAGCGCAGAGCGCAGCGGGAGGAGAGGACGCGCACACGGGCAAACACUCGCGGGGCUCUCGGCCCUGCCAAACAUGGCUGAUCGUCGGGUGCGGGGCGCUGCCGGGAUCUCCAGAAAGACGCUCGAUGCUCCCCACUGAAGAAGCAGCAGAUGAUGAUGAUGGUGAUGAGAAGCGGCUCUUCACAAUAAUGACCAUCAACCCCAACCAAUUCAAAGCGCCUCCGUCCUCGGUUCGGAACAUGGAUGUGAUCAUCCCCUACACCAAUGAAUUGCCCUGUGACCACAAAGAACAGCGGAUGUGGUGGGCUUUCCUCGCCUCCUCCAUGGUCACUUUCUUCGGGGGUCUCUUCAUCAUCCUGCUCUGGAGGACCCUCAAGUACCUGUGGACGGUGUGCUGCCACUGCAAGGGGAAAAAGAAGGACGUGCAGCGGGUCAGUAACCCGGCGGUCCUCGGUGACGGUGUGAUUAAAGCGGCGGGUCAGCGGGAGUCAGACGCGGCGGCCAGCGAGGUGGGAUGGAUGACCUCCGUGAAGGACUGGGCCGGGGUCAUGAUCUCUGCUCAGACGCUCACGGGACGCGUCCUGGUGGUGCUUGUCUUCGCUCUGAGCAUCGGAGCACUUGUGAUUUACUUCAUCGACUCCUCGAAACCCAUCGAAUCCUGUCAGCAUUUCGACAAGGAUUACACAUUACAGAUCGAUAUGGCCUUCAACGUGUUUUUCCUCUUGUACUUUGGACUGCGUUUUAUCGCAGCCAAUGAUAAGCUGUGGUUCUGGCUGGAAGUGAAUUCAGUGGUGGAUUUCUUCACCGUCCCGCCCGUGUUUGUGUCCGUGUAUCUAAACCGGAGCUGGCUGGGAUUGAGGUUCUUAAGAGCCUUGAGGCUGAUCCAGUUUUCAGAAAUAUUACAGUUUUUAAAUAUCUUAAAAACAAGCAACUCCAUAAAGUUGGUGAAUUUGUGCUCAAUCUUUAUAAGCACAUGGCUGACGGCAGCAGGCUUCAUACAUUUGGUGGAAAACUCAGGGGAUCCUUGGGAAAACUUCCAAAAUUCCCAACCGCUUUCCUACUGGGAGUGUGUGUACUUACUCAUGGUAACCAUGUCCACAGUGGGUUAUGGAGAUGUUUGUGCUAAAACAACCCUCGGCCGCCUUUUCAUGGUCUUCUUCAUUCUCGGAGGAUUGGCCAUGUUUGCCAGCUACGUUCCUGAAAUCAUAGAGUUAAUAGGAAACCGCAAGAAAUAUGGUGGUUCCUAUAGUGCAGUAAAUGGGAGAAAGCAUAUAGUCGUCUGCGGUCACAUCACGCUGGAGAGCGUCUCCAACUUCCUUAAAGACUUCCUACACAAGGACAGGGAUGAUGUCAAUGUAGAAAUAGUUUUUCUCCAUAAUAUUUCCCCUAAUCUUGAGCUGGAAGCCUUAUUUAAGAGACACUUCACACAGGUGGAGUUUUACCAGGGGUCCGUUCUCAACCCUCACGAUCUCGCUCGAGUCAAGAUUGAGUCGGCCGAUGCCUGUCUGAUCUUAGCCAAUAAAUACUGCGCAGAUCCUGACGCCGAAGAUGCAUCUAAUAUCAUGAGGGUGAUAUCCAUUAAAAACUACCAUCCAAAGAUCCGAAUCAUUACACAGAUGCUGCAGUACCACAAUAAGGCUCAUCUGCUGAACAUCCCGAGCUGGAACUGGAAGGAGGGCGAUGACGCCAUCUGCCUCGCCGAGCUGAAGUUGGGCUUCAUCGCCCAGAGCUGCCUGGCUCAGGGUCUGUCCACCAUGCUGGCCAACCUCUUCUCCAUGAGGUCCUACAUCAAGAUUGAAGAAGACACAUGGCAGAAGUAUUAUUUAGAGGGAGUAGCCAAUGAAAUGUACACGGAGUAUCUGUCCAGUGCCUUCGUGGGUUUGUCCUUCCCCACCGUUUGCGAACUCUGUUAUGUGAAGCUGAAACUCCUGCUGAUUGCAAUUGAGUAUAAAUCAGACCAGAGAGAAAGCAGCACGCUGAUUAACCCGGGCAAUCAUGUGAAGAUGCAGGAGGGAACGCUGGGCUUCUUUAUCGCCAGUGAUGCCAAAGAGGUGAAGAGGGCACUUUUCUACUGUAAAGCGUGUCAUGAUGACAUAACAGACCCGAAACGGAUCAAGAAGUGUGGAUGCAAACGGACCAAGAAGUCCACCUUCAAGAGAAUGCGUCUGGCAUGUUGUGUAGCUUGCGGUGGGGCAGAACGUGGCUGCUCGUGCAUGUCAGACAGUGUGGCUAGUAACAUGGAGGUUCUGCACCGUGGCUUCCCCUUCACUCCCGUGUCUCUGUAUGAUAACACGACCACUGUACGCUCCUCUAAAAGUAACUAUAACGGAUACAUCAAAUCAAUAAACAAUGAGCUCAGUGCAACAUUCCAGCCUCAGAAUCCCAAACCCGCUCUAAUGCGAGCUCAGUGCGCAGUGAGAGCACCUCCUGCCGUCCCGGGCGUCCGUGUGUCGGUGCCUUUAGUCAAUAACCGUAAAGGCAGUCUGCUGUCUCCGGCCGCCUUGUACCUGCACAGACUCAGUCUGGCCAGCUCUAGAGAGCUGUAUCAGAGCGGCAGCGCUGGCACAGGAGCGUCUGAUGCCACCCGCCUGCAUCGGGCCUGUAGUCUGCCUGUUAAAUACAGAUAUCAUUCCAGCCACGGCUCCACCUCCACCAUCGGCCCGCACGCGCUCUUAGUGGAGGAGGAGCAGCAGUCCACACUGUCGCCCAAGAAAAAACAGCGCAACGGAGGGAUGAGAACGUCGCCCACGUGCUCGCCCAAAAUCAUCAGGCACGACCCGCUGUUGGUCCCAGGACACGAUCAAAUGGAAACAAUGGAUGAGAACAUAAAGAAAUAUGAUUCGACAGGAAUGUUUCACUGGUGUCCAUCAAAAGACAUAGAGAAGGUCAUUCUGACUCGCAGCGAGGCGGCGAUGACGGUUUUAAGUGGUCACGUAGUGGUUUGUAUAUUCGGCGAUGUAAAGUCGGCCCUGAUCGGUCUGCGUAAUCUGGUGAUGCCUCUGAGAGCCAGUAACUUCCACUAUCACGAGCUGAAGCCCAUCGUGUUCGUGGGCUCUCUGGAGUAUCUGAAGAGAGAAUGGGAGACGCUACACAACUUCCCCAAAGUCUCCAUCUUACCCGGGACUCCGCUGAGUCGGGCCGAUCUGAGAGCCGUCAACAUCAACCUGUGCGACAUGUGCGUCAUCCUGUCGGCCAAUCAGAACAACAUCGACGACGCGUCUCUGCAGGAUAAGGAGUGUAUUCUGGCGUCUCUCAACAUCAAGUCCAUGCAGUUUGAUGACAGUAUUGGACUCCUGCAGGCCAACUCACAAGGUUUCACUCCUCCUGGAAUGGAUCGCUCAUCCCCGGAGAACAGUCCCGUACACGGAUUGGUGCGGCAGGCGUCCAUAACCACCGGAGCAAACAUUCCCAUCAUCACAGAGCUCGCUAAAACAGACAAGUUGCUGCCCCUGGUUUCUCUGAGCCAGGACAAGAGCAGCGGGACCAACAUCCCAAUGAUAACUGAGCUGGUGAACGACUCAAACGUCCAGUUUCUGGACCAGGAUGAUGACGACGAUCCCGACACGGAGCUGUACCUCACGCAGCCGUUCGCCUGUGGGACGGCGUUUGCCGUCAGCGUGCUGGAUUCAUUAAUGAGUGCUACGUACUUCAAUGACAAUAUUCUGACUCUGAUCCGGACGCUGGUGACCGGCGGAGCCACGCCGGAGCUGGAGGGUCUGCUGGCGGAGGAGAACGCGCUGCGUGGAGGGUACAGCACACCGCAAACGCUGGCCAACAGAGACCGCUGCCGCGUCGCACAGCUAGCGCUUUACGACGGGCCCUUCGCUGAUCUGGGGGAUGGAGGCUGUUAUGGUGAUUUAUUCUGUAAAGCACUGAAGACGUACAACAUGUUGUGUUUUGGGAUCUACCGAUUGAGAGACGCACAUCUGGGAGCCCCCAGUCAGUGCACCAAACGAUACGUGAUCACAAACCCUCCGUACGACUUCGAGCUGGUGCCUACAGAUCUGAUCUUCUGCCUGAUGCAAUUCGACCACAACGCCGGCCAGACGCGCACCAACCUGUCCACCCACUCCACCUACUGCCCCAGCAAAAAGAGCCCGUCCGCCCACUCCAUCCCCUCGUCCGCCCGAGCGGGCCGCAGCCGGAGCCGCGACCUGCGCGACAAACAGAAUGCGCCCAGGACGAAUAGAGGGGUUUCAGAUAAAAACUGGUACACAGAUGAACCCGAGAACAGCUUCCCCAGAAACACACAAACCAAACACACCAACACACACACAGCCAAUCAGAUCAAUCAGUACAAAUCCACCAGCAACAUCAUCCAGCCAAUCAGAGAAGUGGAGGAGGAGCCUUGACACGACAUCAUCAUCUGGACUCACCUGAUCACGGACGAAUCAUCAGAUCUGCUGCUACAAAUCCACUGAAAAUCAAUGAGUUUAGUGCUUCUCAACUGGUUUCAAAUGCUGACCCAGACCAAAAAGAUGAAAUUCUGAGGGUUUUAUGAUUUUAGCACAUUUUAAACUCACUAUAGUCAAAAUAAAUCUCAAUGCAAAUGAACCUGUAUUUAAUAUCUGUACUGUACACUAAAACAUUUCCAACUAUUAACCCUCAAAAUGCAUUCAGGUCUGUUCUCAGGCUAUAUGAGAUACAUAAACAUUUCUAAAAAGGAAUAAUACAUUAGCAAAUGUUUUAAAACCCUCAAAAUAAACUGAUUCUGACUUUUACUAUUAUUUUUUUAAGAGAAAUAACCAUUUCAAAUGUUCGGGUCAUUUUGACCCGGGUAUGUAUGGAGCUCCAUUAGUGUCAAAAAUACAUUUUUGUUAAAUAAUCUAUGGGGUUAAAUUAGUGUCAAAAACGUUUGUAAAAUAUAUUUAGCCUUUUUUUCGCCAUAUCUAACACACAAUUUUGUUGAUAAAAAUGAAUAUGCACACCUAAUAAUGAACCAUUGCAGCAUAAAAAAUUAAUCACUGACUCACUUAAUUUCAUCUGAAAGUCAAAGUUUAUGAAAAUGAAUAAAUUUUUUUUAGUCUGAAACAUUUGCAGAGUAAUAUUUAUGUUGUUUUGUUAUAAAUACAUAUAUAAGUUUCAUAAAUGUAGGUUUUAUAAUGUUUUUGUGCAAUCAUGAGUUCAAAUGACAUUCAUUCUAGUGGGGUUGAUACUGGAAAUUGUCAGGUUUUAUGUUUUUACCAUGUCAUUUACUAAAAAAAAAAAAAAAAAAAAAAAAAAAAAAAAAAUAUAUAUAUAUAUAUAUAUAUAUAUAUAUACACGUCUUUAUUUUAUUUUAUUUAUUUAUUUAUUUAUUUAUUUAUUUUUUGUGGUUUUGUGGUUACAUUUCCAAGAAUUUCUCAUAAUUAACAUGGAGAUUCUUAGGUUUUAUGUUUUUAUAAAAUUCAGAUAAGACUUUUAAUCAAUAUUGAAAAAUAUUAUAUAUAUAUAAUUACUAUUAUUAUUAUUAUUAUUAUUAUUAUUUUUGGUUCAUGGAUAAUUUAACAUUUUCAAGAAUUUCUCAUUUUUUCAAAUGGAAAUUCUCAGGUUUAAUGUUUUUUAUACAUUUCAUGCAAUGAUAAAUUCAGACAAGACUACUUAGUCAAUAUUGUAAAAUAUUAUUUAUUUUAAUUAUAUAAAAUGAAUCACACCAAGUAAAUAAAUAUAUAAAUAUAUAAAUUAUAUAUUUAUUUAUUUGGUCAAAUAAUUUCCUUUUUUUAUUAAUCAUAAAGGGGUAAAUACAUGGUAAUGUACAAAACUUUGAAAUGUUAAAUGUUUUAACAUUCACUUAAUAAUGAGAAGCUGCUGAUUAGAUACGAUAUAGUUUUAGUUCAAACAAAUUUUUGACAAAGCAAUGAAUCUUGAAAUUCCAUACAGAUGUUGAAUGCAUUAUGAGGGUUAAAAUUCUGGGAAAAAACAUAUUGCCCUAGUCAUAUUUAUUCAUUUUUUAAAUGCACUUAAUUUUUAGUCACAACGGAGAACAUCAACAAGUUAAAAUUGGAUCUUUUACAUUUAAUUGCAUCAAGCAUUGUUUUUUCCUAACAUCCAUGACUUGAAAAACACAUACGGUACAUUGAUGUCUCAUGAACAGUUGAGAAAACACUGGCUUUGAAGUCAAAUAUCAGAAAGACUAAACAGAGCGUUAUAGAAAUAAAAGAGAUGAGCGUAGAAUGUACUACACUUACUGUAGAUGACAAAAAAACUCUUCUAACUAUGAGCUAAAUAUAUAUUAGUUUUACUAGACAUUAGCAGGCACAUAAUCAGAUUUAUGACUCUAUACUCAUAAAGCAGCAUAGAGUUGUCAUUGGUGGGAUAUCGGGACAUUUUUCCACCUGAAGCCAAAGAAGAUGAGAUCAGGUUAAAGCCACAGGUCGCGUAGAGCGGGCGCAGGUCCUCCUCGAUCCGGCUCGGGAUUGGCCACAGAGUCCAAACCAAUCCAGAUGCUGGACACGUUAAACUGAAAAUAAACCGAUUUCAGAUGGAUCAAUGGCAGCUUCGCCGUGUUCUCGUACCAAUGAUUAUGCACUGUAGCAAUAAAUAUGCUGUUUCACAUCAGAUUUGUUUGGACAACCGUGCAUUUGAUUGGGUUUUACCUCAGUAACGCUUCAUGAAUGUUACUAAUACGACGACGGAGGUUCACAAACGCAUUCCACAUCUUGUGCCGAUUUGAUCUGCUGUGUUUCUUUAGCUGUUUGCUUUCAAUCUGAGCUUUUUACUGUUAAUAUCAAAGUGCUGUAAAUCAUUUUAUAUGCAUUUGUUUGUCGCCUUGAGCUUCUGUUCACUUCUUCAGUCAUUCCAGUGUUUCACAUUAAACUCUGAUCAGGUUAAACGUGUGCUUUAUUUAUAUAUAUAUAUACGCCUCACAUGAGCCUUAAUUGAGCUGAUCUGAGAUCAGCGGCGCCGGACUCGAGGAAGGACCUGCAAAAGACCCGCUCCAGCGAAAAGUGGCUCUAAAAUCAAAAUCACAACAUUUCUGGAUGACUGAAAAGUGACGUGAAUUUGCUCAAGGUGUUUGAUUAUUCUGUAAUAACUUUAGUGAUUCACAAAAGCAGACGUAUUUAAAUGAAAAUGUCUUAAGCAUUAAGUGUGAAUCAUGCGGUUUGAUAUGCUGGACGAAGAGAGAAACGAUUGAAAGAUGAACGUCUCGUGUGCUGCUGGAGUAUUUAACAUAUACAUGACAAUGCAGAUAUAAUAUACAAUAUAUUAUAAUGUACAAAAGGCUGUAAAUAAAAUGUACAUGAUUUUAUUUUGUAUUUUCACAGAAUAAAUAUGAAUGUAUUAGUGUU